UCUCCCUCAAAGCUUAAUAACCCGAAAAUACUUUCCUCUUCUCUACAAAUAUCCUUUGCCUCUUCUCACCCUUCUCUCCUUCUCUGUACAUUUUUUUACCAUUUUCCAAAAAAAAAAAAGUUCCCCUAUAUAGUUCAUCGUUAGACAACUGUACUUCUUAUUAAUCCCAUCUUUCUUUCUGUUUUAAUCUUUGAGUUUGUUAGUUUCAACCAUGGAGAUUAUCCUGGAGCUCUUUUUGACAGCUUUUAUAGCUCUUCUGGUUUCUUUCUUGAUAGCCAAGAUUGUUUCUUUGGCUAUGGGUGGUGAUUCUGGUUCUGGGUUGGAGGAAAAAUCUUUGAAUGAUGUUGAUGAUGAGAUUAUCAUGGAAGAGAUGGAGUUUGCUGAGAAAUUGAAAGUUGAAGGCCUUGAAAGUCAAAAGAAAGUUGAAUUUGUUAAGGAAAGCGCUGAUCAGGUUCAUAUUUUCGAAACAGGACAAGUUGGGGUUGAUCAGGGUUUUGAAAGUGAAAAGAAAAUUGAAUGUUUUCAAGAAAAUGCUGACAAGGUUGAUGAAUUUGAAGUUGGAGAAGGUGAGGUUGUGGAAAGAUUGAAAGUUCAAGGCUUUGAAAGUGAAAAAGAAGUUGAAUUUUUGCAAGAAACUGCCAAGAAGGUCGAUGAUUUUGAAGCAGAACAGUCUGAGGUCCGUGAAACAGAAGUUGUGGUGAAUCCUGAUGAUAUUGUUGUCAAAAAGAAGAUGGAGAAAAAAGAAGUUGAGGAAAUCGGUGAAGAAUUAGAGGCUGAAAAUGAAACCAAAGUGCAAUCUGAAGAGAUUACCGUUGAAGAGAGUCAAAUGAAAGGGCUUGGGGAAGAAGAAAAAGAGGUCAAACUAGAGAGUGAUGAUGAUGAUGAUGAUGAUGAUUGGGAGGGGAUAGAGAGGAGCGAAUUGCAGAAGAUUUUUGGAGCAGCUGUGAAGUUUGUUGAGCAUAAAGGAGAUUUGGUAGGUUUGGGGAAUCAUGUUCAGAUGGAACUUUAUGGACUCCACAAGAUUGCUACCGAAGGGCCUUGUCACGAGUCACAGCCUCUGCCUUUCAUGCUCUCUUCUCGCUCCAAAUGGAAUGCUUGGCAAAGGCUGGGGAACAUGAACCCAGAUGCAGCUAUGGAGCGGUAUGUUGCCCUUCUUUCAGAAAGAGUUCCAGGAUGGAUGGAAGAUAAUUCUGAUGGAGAGCAUAAAUUUGAAUCUGCAGACCCAGGAGUUCCCGGUGCCAUGUCUCCUGAAAUUAAUUCAUUUCCUGGUCAGCAGACCAGUUUUACACAAGAAAGGAACGUGGAAUUGAAGUCUGCUACUGGAAGAGAUGACAUAACUGAGAGCACAAGCUUUGGGAAGCAGGCCAAAGACUGAUUAGCAUUGCCCUGACUUCAUCUCCCCAAUCACAGGGGCCAUGCUACUGGGUUUGCUUGGUCAGGAACAAGACUAUAUUCGCCACCAAGUAUAAAUAUCUGCCUACACUGAAUUAAUCUAUCGUGCUGUCUAUCUGCAUCCUGCAACUAAAUAAUGUUGUGUGGUUAAAACAGUAACUGUUAAUUAUUGUACAUUAUGCAUGUAAAUAAUAUAUGCGAAGCACCCAUGUUUCUAAUAACUCAAAUGGUUGGCUGGUUGUGAUUGCUCAAGUAAAAUGCUAAUAUAUGCAUUUACCUAAGUGUUCAAUGACGUGAGAGAAUGUCCAAUGUUUGAUAGUUGCAUCUCUAUAUGAUUUUUAUUGUGAAAAGCAUUUAAAAGAUGGUCUUAUUUCUCUUGUAUUAAAGUUCCGCCCACGUUUUAAAUUGUGGAGGAAGGUUGGGUUCUCUGCAUUUUAGUAAUCGUGUUCAUAUGCUUGAUGUUGAUGGGAACAUUAUAGUAUUUAGGCAGUGCAUGGUUUGCUUCAAUUUCUGGUAGUUUAAACGUCAACCAUGUUGUUGAUGACACAAAGUAGGCCACAAGGUUGCUGAGGGUACAAGUUAUGAUUUGUGCUUUUGACAAAAUCCAAGUCCCUCUUCAGAUUUAAUGUUGUUGUUUCAAGGGCAAUACCAAUAACCCUUUUAAAUUCACUUGCCGAUCCAUUGGUCCUAAACCUAAUCUUGGCUAUGUAAUGGGAGUGAGCUUGAUGAUGAACAGUUAAAGAUGAAAGAAUAAGAAUGACUGAUUAUUGAUGAAUGAUUGUCACCUUUAUCCUUGCGACUAACAAGCCUGACUUUCAACAAUUUAAUUAAGAGCAG